AACCCAGGGCUGCCCCUGCCUAUGCGAGGCGUCCCCGGCUUGGAAGAGUCCUGGCGUGAAACAGUUCCCGGCAGCAGCCUAGGAGGAGGAGAAAGAGGAGACAGUGUUCAGUCGCGGCUACGCGGAUCUUUCCUGUAGCAUUUGGAGCCUAAGGCUGUGCCGAAGUCUGUGCUCGGUACCGACGGUCGGGUUAAAAUAGCACCGGAUAUCGACCCGAACCCCCUGCAUUUCGUAGGCGUCAGAGUCACCACACCGUUCAGCUUUUUCGGAGUGUUCCUCUACCUGAGGGUAGCCAAGGCCAAGAUGCACUCCACUCUUCAGCAACCUGCUGCUUUCUGCCAGGCCCCACCAUUGGCAUUUCCAUCUCCUGGCAGUCCAGGUAGACUUUGAGUCCAAGAGUGAAUGUCAUCAUUGACUGGAUCAGAGCCCUCAUAAUCUAUCUCAGGAAAUGUCCCGACAAACACACCCAGAGAUGAAAGGAGACUCUUAAGAGUAGAGGACCAGUGAUAAUAUGGGAAAGCUAUCAUUGGUAAGAAGCAGAUCAGAUCUUCAGCAUAGACCCAGAGAAGCUGAUGGAACUGGUUUCUGCACAUCUUGGGUACCCAUUGUCGAGGUUAUCAGCAUUUCACCCAGGGUGUGCUUUAGAUGCUGGCAAAUCACCACUGUAGAGAAUGGAAAGUUCUGGCUUCACCGGGGACAGCCUUAACCUUCAGAAAAUAUUAUGAGGGAUGCUGAGGACUUCAUGCUUUGGGCAGAGACACAGUGCCAUUGGAAUUAGAAAUUGCCACUUCUGAGAGGAUGCUGGGAAUCUGCAGAGGGAGACGGAAAUUCUUGGCUGCCUCUUUGAGUCUGCUCUGCAUCCCAGCCAUCACCUGGAUUUACUUGUUUGCUGGGAGCUUUGAAGAUGGGAAGCCUGUGUCUCUGUCUCCCCUGGAGUCCCAAGCACACAGUCCCAGGUACACUGCCUCCAGCCAGCGGGAUCGGGAGAGCCUAGAGGUUCGCGUUCGAGAGGUGGAGGAGGAAAACCGUUCUCUGCGCAGGCAGCUCAGCCUGGCCCAGGGUCAGGUCCCUGUUCACCGCCGUGGGAACCACUCCAAGACCUACUCCAUGGAAGAGGGAACAGGGGACAGUGAGAACCUUCGGGCUGGCAUCGUGGCAGGCAAUAGCUCUGAGUGUGGGCAGCAGCCAGCUGUGGAGAAGUGUGAGACCAUCCACGUGGCCAUUGUCUGUGCAGGAUACAACGCCAGCAGGGAUGUUGUCACCCUGGUCAAGUCAGUCCUCUUUCACAGGCGGAACCCUCUGCAUUUCCACCUUAUCGCUGAUUCUAUUGCAGAGCAGAUCCUGGCAACACUAUUCCAGACGUGGAUGGUACCUGCAGUGCGUGUGGACUUCUACAAUGCUGAUGAGCUCAAGUCUGAAGUAUCCUGGAUUCCCAACAAACACUACUCUGGGAUUUAUGGCCUGAUGAAGUUGGUUCUGACCAAGACUCUACCUGCCAACCUGGAGAGAGUGAUUGUCCUAGACACUGACAUUACCUUUGCAACUGACAUUGCAGAGCUGUGGGCCGUGUUCCAUAAGUUCAAAGGACAACAGGUCCUGGGCUUGGUAGAGAACCAGAGUGAUUGGUAUCUUGGAAAUCUCUGGAAAAAUCACCGUCCAUGGCCAGCCCUUGGAAGGGGCUACAAUACAGGAGUCAUACUACUGCUUCUGGAUAAGCUACGAAAGAUGAAAUGGGAACAGAUGUGGAGGCUGACAGCAGAGAGGGAACUCAUGGGCAUGCUAUCUACCUCCUUGGCUGACCAGGAUAUUUUCAAUGCCGUCAUCAAACAAAACCCCUUCCUGGUGUAUCAGCUCCCCUGCUUCUGGAACGUGCAGCUGUCAGACCACACUCGCUCUGAGCAGUGCUACAGAGAUGUGUCUGAUUUAAAGGUCAUCCACUGGAACUCCCCCAAGAAGCUCCGUGUGAAGAACAAACACGUGGAAUUCUUCCGCAACCUCUACCUGACCUUCCUGGAGUAUGAUGGCAACCUCCUACGGCGGGAACUAUUUGGCUGUCCCAGUGAAACUGAUGUCAACAGUGAAAAUCUUCAGAAGCAGCUGUCAGAGCUGGAUGAGGAUGACUUGUGCUAUGAGUUCCGGCGAGAGCGCUUCACUGUCCACCGAACCCACCUGUACUUCCUGCACUAUGAGUUCGAGCCUGCUACUGACAACACGGAUGUUACCCUGGUCGCUCAGCUUUCCAUGGACAGACUCCAGAUGCUAGAGGCCAUCUGUAAGCACUGGGAAGGGCCCAUCAGCCUGGCCCUCUACCUGUCAGACGCUGAAGCCCAGCAGUUCCUCCGCUAUGCCCAGGGAUCCGAGGUGCUCAUGAGUCGCCACAAUGUGGGCUACCACAUCGUGUACAAGGAGGGUCAGUUCUAUCCUGUCAACCUCCUACGCAAUGUGGCUAUGAAGCAUAUCAGCACACCGUACAUGUUCUUAUCUGACAUUGACUUCCUGCCUAUGUAUGGGCUCUAUGAGUACCUCAGGAAGUCUGUCAUCCAGCUUGACCUUGCCAACACCAAGAAAGCGAUGAUUGUCCCUGCAUUCGAGACACUGCGGUACCGACUCUCUUUUCCCAAGUCAAAAGCAGAGCUGCUGUCAAUGUUGGACAUGGGGACCCUGUUCACAUUCAGGUACCACGUCUGGACUAAAGGCCAUGCACCCACAAACUUUGCCAAGUGGCGGACUGCCACCAUGCCUUACCGGGUUGAGUGGGAGGCUGAUUUUGAGCCAUAUGUUGUUGUGAGACGAGACUGCUCUGAGUACGAUCGGAGAUUUGUGGGUUUUGGCUGGAACAAAGUGGCUCACAUCAUGGAAUUGGAUGCACAGGAGUAUGAGUUCACCGUGUUGCCCAAUGCCUACAUGAUCCACAUGCCCCAUGCUCCCAGUUUCGACAUCACUAAGUUUCGUUCCAACAAGCAAUACCGAAUCUGUCUCAAAACCCUGAAGGAAGAGUUUCAACAGGAUAUGUCCAGACGCUAUGGCUUUGCUGCCCUGAAAUAUCUCACGGCUGAGAACAACAGCUAGCACAUGAAGGCCACGACUAGGGAUAGACAUGCCACAGGGGAAGAGCCACUUUCUGCCUGGGCACCAGACUUUGAAGACAGAAUUCAUCACUGCUUUUCUUUGGUUUGUUUCUCUUUGUCUCUCUAGCCCCACAAAGCUGCUUUGUUCUGAGAUCUUCGACAGGGACCCAAUCAUGAGGUGCUUCCAGAAUGGAAUACAGAAGGGUAGAAGCAAAUGAAGAGUUAACAACUUAACCACAAAGCCACAGAUCAAGUCGGAGUUUCUGGAUGUUCUCAUUGCUUUUUAAUAAUUAUGGUUCAAAUCCUAGCUGUAAGAAAGAAGUCACUGUUCUAGGGCUUAAUCACUGCAAGAAAUAAGAGCAAGCUAUUUCUUUCUAGGAAGAGAACUUUAUUUUCCCUCCCCCUUAGCUAGGUACUCAGGGGGAGCACUAGCCAAGGACCCAGACAUGCCAUCUUGAGACAUGCAUAGGGACUUUAUAUAUGCAAGGACCUAGAAGUAGGGUGAAUUGCUUUCUUUAUUAUAAAAGUCUCUCUUGUCGGUUGUUUUGAGUUGUUUGAAUUUGGAGGAUUUUAUUCAUCUUGAUCGAGGAUUCCAAGCUAAACAAAUCUCUAAUCGUUAAAGUUCUAAAAGAAAAAUCAGCUCCCUCAAGCAACACUCCUGUCAGCAAAGAUGAGCAUCUUCAGAGUAUGUUCUCAGAUGGGCAGGUUCCUUCAGGAUGAACACUGAGACCCCCGAUGCUUAGUUCUCCAUGGCUAUGACAGGGACUACAGAAAUAUGAGGCCAAACACUGUAUGCAAGUCACAUUUUCUAUGGACAAUGACCAAGUCACAAGGAAAGGGCUUCAAGAAACUUUCAUUACUCACAGAAGGUAUGAUUCUCCUCUCAGACCUUUAGAACUUGAACAGUUCAUAGAAGACCAAUCUGAAGACUUGUGUGACCACAUGGAAGGCACUGGAAGAAAAGGGUCAGGCACCUCCCUGUUGGACUUGGGGGAGGGGAGGAGUUGAUGACCUUAGUUUCCCCUCAGGAUUUGUCCAAGGGUUGGUAGGUACCUCUUCAUUUUGCAGAUGGAGAAAACACUGAACUUUUUACCUGUUUUCUUUACUCUUCACUAUUAAUGUUGUGUUUACAUUGAUGAGAACAAGAGUUAAUGGCCUACCGACUGCUGGGCUGUUUGUUAUGAGUUGCCAUGUGACCAGCAAAAGCUGCAUUUAAUAAAUGAAAGUACAGACUGUUUCUUCCUCCUCUUGCCACUCUUGUAAGAAGCCACAUGACACACUUGGUCUAGAGGGCAAAGUCAAUUCCAUGCACAGCAUCUCACACACUCUGCUAUUUAUCUCACCUUUCACAUUGUUUGAAAUGUCACCUUUUUUUCUCAGUGUUCAAGGUUAGAUCUCACUUUCUCCUCUAACACUCAACUCAUUUCCAAAAUUUCCAUUUUGUAUCUGUUUCACCACAGUAACCAGAUGCUUUAUAUUGUAAGUAUGCAAAUUGUGGGGAUUAGUAGCAAAUUGAAUAGCCUGUCUUUAGGACUCUCUUGUUCUGUGGUGCAGAACAGUCCAAUCAAUGAGGCCACUACAUUCAGCAUUUUCAAUGGUAUUUCCCCUAAAUUAGUACAAAAUGAAGAAAGAUAUAAUUAAAAUUGCCACACAAAUACA